AUGAAAGAAAUAAUAAAUUAUUAAGGGAUUGGUGGAUCAUAUGAUGAAGAAGGAAAUUAGAAAAAAAUUGGAAAGUGGGUAGAAUUGUUUGAAGGUUUUUGGAAUCAAGUGGUAGUCACUUUAAUUGGUUAAUAUAAUAUGAAUGGUAUGAAGGUAGGUAAAUGGGAUAUUCUUUGGGAUGGGAGUAAUAUGUAAAAUUUAUAAGAAUAUUCAAAUAUAUAGUGGUGGUGGAUCAUAUGAUGAAGAAGGAAAUUCAAAAAAGAUUGGAAAUUGGGUAGAAUUGGAUGAAGGGUUUCAUAUGUAGAAAUAAGUCCUUCAUUAAGGUUCAUAUAAUAAAAAUGGUAUGAAGGUAGACAAAUGGGAUAUUUGUUGGUAUUAUAAAGGAUAAUUGUAAAAAUUAUAGAAUUUAUAAGAAUAUUUAAAUGUAAAGUGGUGGUGGAUCAUAUGAUAAAGAAGGAAAUUAGAUAAAGAUUGGAUAUUGGGUAGAAUUGGAUGAAAAAUUUUCGUAUUAUUUUUAACUCACUCAGAGAGGGUCAUAUGAUCUGAAUGGUAGGAAGGCAGGUAGAUGGGAAUUUAUAUAUCGUUAAGAAGAUAAGAUUAAAACAAUGUAAAUAUUAUUUAUUUAUAAGAAUAUUUAAAUAUAUAGUGGUGAAGGUGUUUAUAAUGUAAAAGAAGGAAAUUAGAUAAAGAUUGGAAGAUGGGUAGAAACGGAUGAGAGGUUUUCUAGAUUCAAUAAAAUCACUAAUUCAGGCUCCUAUAAUAUAAAUGGUAUGAAGGUAGGUAGAUGGGCUAUUCUGUAUUAGGGAGAAAAUAAGGUGGAAUUUGAACAAAUGUAAAAAUUAUAGAAUUUAUAAGAAUAUUUAAAUGUAAAGUGGUGGUGGAUCAUAUGAUAAAGAAGGAAAUUAGAUAAAGAUUGGAGAAUGGAUAGAAUUGGAUGAAAAGUUUGCUAAAUUCUAUUAAGUUACUCAUUAAGGUUCAUAUAAUAAAAAUGGUAUGAAGGUGGGCAGAUGGGAUAUUAUGUAUAAUGAUUACGGAAGCGGAAUAUAUUAAUAAAUGUAAAUAUUUUAGAAUUUAUAAGAAUAUUUAAAUGUAAAGUGGUGGUGGAUCAUAUGAUGAAGAAGGAAAUUAGAAAAAGAUUGGAAGGUGGGUGGAAUUGGAUGAAAAGUCUAAACAUUAUGUCAAAGGCUCUCUAAAUGGUGAAUAUAAUAUGAAAGGUCAAAAAGUAGGUAUUUGGGUAGAAAAGGAUAUAGAGCUGAAUGAAAAUAGUGGAGAAGAGAGUGAUAAUUGA